AAUUGAGUUUACAUUUUUACCACGCUUUUACGAUUUGGAUGGGAGGUGCAUGUGUAGAAUAUGGCGACCGUAGAGUCAACAGACUCUGCAAAAACAGAGAAUUCCUUUUCAGAUCAAUUCGAGCCGAUGGACACGCUGCAACCUUCGGACACGCUCGCGUCUGUGAACAGAGAGACUUUGGGACAUAAAGAUGAGAGCACGGCAGAAGACAAAACACAUAGUCUGAGGUUCGUACACAAAUCCAUUGCUGCCACAUCCGUGGUUGCCGCUACCGACAUCCCCGCCUGCACGGCCCAUUCCGACGAUAAGGUCCAGCCCAGAGCAGAGGCAGACAGCACCACAGGGAAUUCACCCGCAAACCACAAACCGGUGACUGAAAAUGGAGCGUGCGAGCUGAAUUCACUAAUAUGGUCUGAAAGCGAGGACUACACUGAAGAGGUGCGUUCACCUGAGGAAAUGCAAAGUUCUGAACAAGAUCUCAGCCCUAUAAACAAGAGUGUUGGAGAAGGUAAUUGUUCAACCAAAAUGACCAGUGCAGCGAGUGAAAUGGAGAUUAAUCAACCAGAAAACUCCCAGGAGAAGAGGAGCACAGAGGAAGAAAUGUCAUUGGAGCAGAAAGAAGAAGCUAAUGGCAAAGAGGAGGAGGCAGAGGAGGAGGCAGAGGAGGAGGCAGAGGAAGAGGCAGAGGAAGAGGCAGAGGAAGAGGCAGAGGAAGAGGCAGAGAAAGAGGCAGAGGAAGAGGCAGAGAAAGAGGCAGAGGAAGAGGCAGAGAAGGAGGCAAAGGAGGAAGGAGAGGAAGAGAAAGAGGCAGAGAAGGAGGCAGAGGAGGAAGGAGAGGAGAAAGGAGCGGAAGAGAAAGAGGCAGAGGAAGAGGCAGAAGCAGAGAAAGAGGCAGACAAAGAGGAUGAUAUGGAGCCAUCCACAAAACAAAUGAAAAGACGUAUGGUGUGUAAGGAGUGUGGCAAGAUCUUCAACCGACGAGAGACCUUCAACUUGCAUCGCCAUUUUCAUUUGCAUGAAGAUGAGCUCAAACCUCUCACCUGUAAGGAGUGUGGCCUUACUUUUCAACAACGUAGUAGCUUUAUUAAACAUAGAAAUGAGCAUAAAGAAAAAGAGGCUGAACGAUUAACAGUAAAAAAAGGAGGGAGCAAAAAGGAGCAGAAGAACUUUCAAUGUGCCGAGUGUUCCACAGUGUUCCCAACAGUGGAAAAAUUAAGGUUACAUAAGUGCAGUUAUUCAGAUGAUAUACUUUUUCACUGCCCAAUUUGUCGUCAGGAAUUUAAACAUAGACCAUCUAUGCUUAGACAUAUACUGUCUCACUCCCAUGAAAAAUUUCAGUGUGCUGAGUGUGAUCAAACCUUCCCUAACCCGACGGCAUUGGGUGCCCACCAGUUUGGAGCCAGCCAUGGAGUUCUCAAACCGUAUGAAUGUCCUGAUUGUGGUAUGGUUUUCAAGCACUACUCUCUCAUGGCAGAGCAUCGUCUUAAGCACGCAGAGAGGUCAUCCUUAUUUCAGUGCAAGGUCUGUGGUAAGUCCUUUAAGUACAGCAGCCUUUUGCACCAGCACCAAUAUCUCCACACGGGACAGAAACCUUUUCGCUGCUCUCAAUGUGGGAAAACAUUUGCUUUUGCCCAGAAUUUGAAGGCUCACUGCCGGCAACAUUCACUGGGUAUAAUUCCUGCUACUAUAACAGAGAAGACAAAACAUUAUCUCCCUACUUCAGGACAUGCACUGGUGAAAAGAUCUGAAAAAGAAAAUGUAUUACAAAACAAGGAUGUACCACGCACCUAUAAGUGUCCACUUUGCACCCAAAACUACUCGACACCCGCCAAUUUAAGGACCCAUUUGUGCACUCAUGAAGCUGAAUAUGAAAUGAUGGACAGAACCAGGUCACCGAAGGAACCACUGAAGUGGGACAAAGCACACAACUGCCCUCACUGCCCCAACAUCUAUAGUGAUGAGUUGAGUUUAAAAAUGCAUAUAUCUAGUGCUCAUAAAUUGGAUUCACUAAAUAAUAUGCCAAUCCUACCCUCAAAAACCAUUCCAUCUCAAAGCAAUGAUAAUAAACUAGAAAAUGUUGAUGAAGUUAAGUCAUUUACAUGUCCUGAAUGUGGUAAAUCUUUUCGCCAUCGCUCAGUGUUGGAGUUGCACAUGCGUAUACACCCCAAGGACAAACCAUACCAAUGCAAAGUGUGUGGUAAAGGCUUUAGAUUUAGUAGCUACUUACAGCAACAUCUGAUAAUGCACACGAGUAAAAGGCCACACAAAUGCCCAGAUUGUGGUAGAGCUUUUGCUUUUUUGCAGAACAUGAAAACUCAUCAAAAGCUACAUCAGAAAACAUUUCGUUGCAGUACUUGUCUCAAAGGAUUCACUGAUGAAGCUCAACUGAAACAGCAUAUGCUUUCUCAUAAAGGUGACAAACCUCACAGGUGUAAUAUCUGUGAAAAAACCUUUGGAUUAGCCUAUCAGCUCCUUGACCACAUGAACACUCACACAGGUUUUAGACCUCAUCGCUGUGAGGUGUGUAACAGAUCUUUUACCUGGUUAAGUAGCCUACUGGCACAUAGGAAAACUCACAAACGUCAGAACCAAAAUAACUCAUUGCAGAUGAAGAAUAGGAUGAGAGAAGUGGGUACUAGCAUUGGGGACACUUUAGGCAUGUCUAGAUCAUUUGCAGGAUCAGGGAUGGUUGGCCCAUCUAUUUCGUCUAAUAUUCCAGUAGGAGAUGCUGAGUUGCACCCAAUAAUUGACCAACCACCUCUCACAGCUGGUGUGGAUCAAAAACCCCGGCAGCUGAAUGAACCAGUGUUACCAGAGCUACAACCUGAAGUAAUGCCUGCCCCAUCUGUGCAGCAGAUUUAUGUAGCUUCACAGACAAUGUCUGGACAAACUAUAGAGCCAUCACAUAUAAUGGAAACUUCACCCUCCUUUACCGGCGCUGGCUCUUCAUUUGUGCCAAAAAAAUCAAGCCCUUCAUCAGCAGCUGAAAUUGAGCAACACAGGCAACUAAAAGCCGUUGCAUGGAGUACUCCUUCCACAGUAGUUUCCACAAGUUCUUUGCAUUCUGAAUUCAUUUCUUCUGGCUCUUACAUAGAUGGAGCAGCACUGUGGAGUGUAAGAACUGCUGCACCAAAUCCAAAUUCACACAACUCUCCAAAAAAACUGGGUCAAGAGGUGCAGCUACCCACAUGGCAGGCUUCUCCAGUGCCCUCACAAACUAAUCUGUCUUCUCCCCUCAAAAAAGAAGAGCUUCGCUCACGGGACAUGGGCAAUACACAGGUGCAGACGAUUGGUCAAACAGAAAAGUCAUGGGUGUCAGGUUUUUCUAAUGCGUCUUUAGCACAAAUGCCCCCUCAUGGACUUGGAGCUCGAUGGGACAUACAGACAUCUCCUGCCUUGCAAAAAACUUUAAAAUCUCCUGACCGCUUGGUGAGUAACCCAGAUUUUCCAUUGCAGCAAAAGCAGGUGUCUCCGAGCUGGGCUGGGGUUCAAAGCCAGACUACUACCGUUCCCAUAUCGAUUCAGUAUGAACCUCAUCGAUUUGGUCAGACCAUAAGCGCACCAAUGUGGGGUUUUCAGAGUAACCCAGUGUCUGCUCAGACGAUGCUCAAACCAGGAAAUGUACAGGAACUGCAACAGCAACAGGCAAUGGCAACAGGCGCUAAAUUAAUCAUAAACCAGGCACCUUCCUUCUUCCCGCCUCUUGCCACUCUCUCCCCCAUGGGUCUUCCAGCCUCGCACACUCUCCAUUCAGUCCCUGUGGGUGCACUCCCAAGACCUCCACACCCAAAUCUCUUUUUCCCGCCACAAGUCUCUCAGGCCCUGUCUAUAUCCCAACUUCCUCCUCAGCGAGAGGCUCACAAACUUGGCCCUCGUUUGUCCUUUCCACCUGAUCGUCUCCACCAAUGCAUGAUCUGUGGCUGUAGUCUGCCCCGAGAGGUGGAUCUACAAAUGCACUACAUGCAGCAUGCCCAAGGAGAAAUAUAGCUUUUAAUGCUAAUCACAAAUUAUGCCUGUUCAGAUUUUUAUUUUUAUUUUUUUUACUGACGUUCAAGUGAAAUGAUGUCAUGACUCUUUUCUAUUUAAACUUGUGUUUAUUUUUCUCAUGUAUUGUAGGGUUUUUGUUUUCCUUUAGUCAUUUCACUUACCAAGAAUAUUGAAUUUCAAUAAUUUGAUAAACUUUAUUCUUGUCAGUCUGUGUGCCAGUGCCUUUAAUUAUUGACAUGUCUACUGUAUUUGUAUGCUAGGCAGAUCCCAUGUUUUGUGUCAUUCCUAAAAGCUCAGCUAUGUAAAACAGACAGAAAUGGUAUGAUGUGAUGAGUAUGUGUAAUAUAUUUCAUUUUGUUUGCAAUUUUUUGUGUAUACAAAUUUCAAAGCUUGGUUUUUCAAACAAUUGCCAAUUAAUUUAAAGACUGUGAUAUUUGUUCAAAUGCUGUAUAUUCUGCAAAGAUACUGUUUAAUUCAUCAAUUCAUUCAUCUGUCUACCUCUGUAAAAGUUCAUGGAGUGUUGUUUCAUAUAAGUAACAAGUUGUGU